AUGGCGUUAGAAUGGGUUGUCCUCGGCUACGCCGCCGCGGCAGAAGCAGUCAUGGUCCUUCUGCUGACCAUUCCUGGCCUUGGCCCGCUCCGAAAGGGCUUAGUCGCCGUCAUCCGUAACCUCCUCAAACCGUUCCUCUCGAUCGUCCCCUUUUGCCUCUUUCUAUUCAUGGAUAUCUACUGGAAAUACGAGCAUCGACCCAACUGUGAGGCGGAAUCGUGUACCCCAACGGAGCACUUGCGUCACCAGAAAUCCAUCAUGAAGAGCCAGCGCAACAUGUUGUUGAUCGUUAGCGCUUUGGUUUUCUAUUGGCUGUUGUUUUCCGUGACGCACUUGGUUAUUAAGAUCGAUCAGUUAAAUAACAGGGUCGAGAAGUUGAAGAACCAGUAA